AUGAAUACAAGUGAUUUUGAUCUAUCUUCGGACCCGGUUCCUUUGAGGGUUAAUGUAAGCGUAGAUAGUGGCCAGCCGCGAGUUUCUCACUCGCUCCUCAUAUCGCGUCCGUGUGACAGUAUCAGCAUUCCAAGUUUGUCGAGUUUUUUGAGUGUGGAUUCCGGGAAAACUACCUCAGCUGGUGGCUUAUCACCCUGCUGCUCCUCACCGAUUCUCGUUACACAAAAUACGUCAUUCAGUGAUACAGAACGGGAUACAAGAACGGUUGAUUCUGGUUUACCGGGGAUAUAUGGUGACGCUGAUGAUGGUGAGCUAGAUGAAAUAGACGAAGAUGAAAUUGGCUCCAACGCUUCCGACCUCUUCUCGUCUUCUUUAAAUCUCAUGCCCAAUCCAUCAUCAAAUGACGAAAGUGUUGAAGCGGGGUGCGACUUUCAAUCCAUUAGGACUUUUGAGGCCUCCGCUUCCGUCAUUAGCAAGUGUUCUGCGGAUGGAAAUUCAAGAAACGUUUAUUCAUUGAAGAAAUCAAGAAAUGGUUCAAAGAGGAAAAUCUCUACCUGGUACCAACUCCAUAUAGCGGUUGACAACGUUCAGACGGUAUCAAAGGCAAAGACAGCCCGUCUCAUUCCAAAUGCUAUUCAGAUAACACUCAAGUCGAACAACGAGCGAUACUUCUUCACAUCCUUUGCAUCCCGCGAGAGAACUUUUGCCAUCCUCAAAAAAGUCUGCGAAAACAGCAGAAACGGUGGUGUAAGCUCUCUCACUUUUUACUCGGGUUUUUGCAAUUUCAUCCUUUGUUGUUAA